GAAUUCGACCGCAACGUGCCCCGAAUCUGUGGGGUCUGUGGGGACAGAGCCUCAGGCUUCCACUUCAACGCCAUGACCUGUGAGGGCUGCAAGGGCUUCUUCAGGAGAAGCAUGAAGAGGAAAGCCAUGUUCACGUGUCCGUUCAGCGGGGACUGCAAAAUCACCAAGGACAACCGGCGGCACUGCCAGGCCUGCAGGCUGAAACGCUGCGUGGACAUCGGGAUGAUGAAGGAGUUCAUCCUGACGGAUGAGGAGGUGCAGAGGAAGCGUGAGAUGAUCCUGAAGCGCAAAGAGGAGGAAGCUCUGAAGGAGAGCCUGAAGCCCAAGCUGUCAGAGGAGCAGCAGAAAGUCAUCAACAUCCUCCUCGAGGCCCAUCACAAAACCUUCGACACCACAUACUCUGACUUCAACAAGUUUCGGCCCCCUGUGAGAAGCAAAUUCAGCAGCAGUACAGCAACGCACUCCUCCUCCGUCGUGUCCCAGGACUUCUCCUCGGAGGACUCCAAUGAUGUUUUUGGUUCCGAUGCCUUCGGUGCAUUCCCAGAGCCCAUGGAGCCCCAAAUGUUUUCCAACCUGGACCUCUCCGAGGAGAGCGAUGAGAGCCCCUCCAUGAACAUCGAGCUGCCCCACCUCCCCAUGCUCCCACACCUGGCUGACCUGGUCAGUUACAGCAUACAGAAAGUGAUCGGCUUUGCCAAAAUGAUCCCUGGAUUCAGGGAUCUGACCGCAGAGGACCAGAUUGCCCUGCUGAAAUCCAGCGCCAUCGAGGUGAUCAUGCUGCGCUCCAACCAGUCCUUCACCAUGGAGGACAUGUCGUGGACCUGCGGAAGCAAUGACUUCAAGUACAAAGUCAGUGAUGUCACCCAAGCUGGUCACAGCAUGGACCUCCUCGAGCCACUCGUGAAGUUCCAGGUGGGCUUGAAGAAGCUGAACCUUCACGAAGAAGAGCAUGUGCUCCUCAUGGCCAUCUGCAUCCUGUCCCCAGAUCGACCCGGCGUUCAGGACACGUCUCUGGUGGAGUCCAUCCAGGACCGCCUCUCUGACACCCUCCAGACCUACAUCCGCUGCAGACACCCCCCUCCUGGCAGCCGCCUGCUGUAUGCCAAGAUGAUCCAGAAGCUGGCUGACCUACGCAGCCUGAACGAGGAGCACUCCAAGCAGUACCGCUGCCUCUCCUUCCAGCCCGAGCACAGCAUGCAGCUCACCCCUUUAGUGCUCGAGGUCUUCGGCAAUGAGAUCUCCUGAUUGCAGCCGUGGGUUCUGAGCACCCAUGUGUAAAGGGAUAAGUCAGCCUUGGCCCCAUGGAGGCACCGAGGAGGGCUGUGACCCUGGGAGGAGGUUGUAUGUUUAGUUUCACACUACUGCAGGUCCUGCUUUGUUUUUUUAGCCACAAUGGCCGAGAUUUGCUCACUGCAGACCCAGAUCUGUGCAUUUUUCCCCCCUUCACAAGUGGUUUUUUUCCACUUAGAGCUGACUUAUCCCUUUAUGGGUGUUUUGAGGCUGGGCUGCCUUGAACUACUUCUUUCUGACCAGAAACUGAGGCUGCUUGGGAAGGAGAGGCUCAGGUUCUGCAGAUUCAUGGCACUGGG